UGAGUUGUAGCUGGGCUGGUCAGGAAGUGCUAGUGGACUUGAAACUUGAGAUUUAGUGAAGACUGAGGUUGCUGUCAAUUUUACGUUCUCUAGUAGCUGCUGGAGUCUGGGGGAAAACAGGGCAACCAGGUGAUGGUUUCAGGCAUAAUGGCUCGAUCUGCUCUUCUCUGGCUCGUACGCACACUCGUGCUCUGUUCUGUGACGACAGUCCACGCACAGAAUGAUAAGUUCGUGUACAAGUUCAGCUCAGGUGACAUGGUGUGCAAGAAUUCCCAAGCUGGAGUGAGUUGCACAAACCCUCCUCGUUCCGCCAUGAACACGGCAGGGUUCAGCCCUUCACACCACAACAUCAUCUCUGUCAACGCCGACGGCAACUACGCUCUAGGAUUCGAGACAGCGACCUUCGGAUCCGUGUACCUUUCUAUAUACACGUACAACCCCAGCAACAAGUCGGCUGGCCCUUUUAUCUGGAGAGCUGCUACAUCCAGUGGAGUGCAUGUCCAAGUCCCUGCAGCGUCUUCUCUCAAGUUCUCGAAAUCUGGCAACAUCGAGCUCAUAGAUACGAAGGGAGUUGUGCAAUGGACUCCAAAUGCUACUGGCUUGGGAGUGACAGAAUUCCAGUUCAAUUUCCGCAAGCAGUCGAAGGCAAUUGCAGGAAACAUGCUUCUCUCCAACCAGGACCAUCAAGUCAUCUGGCAGAGCAUUCCAGACGUGGAGAAGAACUCGUUCAAAUUCGACAUGCAGCACCGCCCUGACAUGGUUUGCAUCAACCAGCGCCAAGGAGUGCAAUGCACGCCUCCUCUGGAGUAUCCCAUGCACCCAUCUAAUGGUAGUGACUCUCACAGAAACUUGAUAUCCCUCGACAUUAAUGGCUUGCAUGCGUUGGGCUUCGAGAGGAGCUUACGUGGUUUCUACCUCUCCAUCUACAAGUGGAGCCCGACUACGAACACGGCUGGUCCAGCGUUCUGGAGAGCGACAACGAAAGGAGCAAAUGUGCUCGUGGAUGAGCGCGGCACCCUUACCUUCUCCCACGGCGGUGCCCUCGAGCUGAAAGAUUCGCGCAACAAACUGGUCUGGACUACCAAUACCCAGGGUAGAGGCUCGGACCUGGAUUUUAAUCUCGAUUCUGGCGAACUGCGUUUGUACAACGUGGAGCGCUCCAUUGUCUGGUCCAGCGCAUGGCACGUUCGGUUUUUUUAAAUUGGAGUCUAUCAGAUUUGAACCAUUUGAAUAUUUUCAGCUUUAUAUUCUCUGACUUUAGCUGAAGUAUAUGCCAAGAGAAAUGUCUUUUUUCUCAAUGCUCCCUAUCCUGAUUGAGGAGAAAACCAAUCAGUGAAUUUUUCCAUUUUUUUUCAUGUUCGGGAUAGAAGAUAUGUAGAAUACCAAGGGAAGAAGAAACUUCUCCUUCAGCUUAAUGGCAAUUCGUGAAUUAGCGAUUUUGAAAGAAACUGAGCACGAACUUUCGACAACUUUCGACAAAACGGACAAACCUGCUACCGAAAGUUGAAUUUUCGUACUUUCUGACUGAAAUUGUGUGACAAUCAUUUACACCUUGCACGCCUGAGAGGUGGUGAUAUAUUGCUCAAAAAAAGAAACGAUCGUCAGACAAAGUUUUCAGGUAUAAGAAUUAUCCAAAGCCCUGGAGGUGUCGCACUUGUCUCCGAAUUUGCUCGUAUUGAUGCCUAGACGCAAGUUUGUGGAAUUCGAAUCGAAGACGCAUAGG